AUGCAAUAACAAAAUUUUACAUUACUUGAUUUAGUAUUCCAAGAACAAUAAAUUCAGAAUUAGAUUUCUAAUAAGUGCAGCAUCAAAGAAACAGCCAAAUUUAUUCCAUACAAUCCACUUGGUCUUAGUCUUUAUCUUGAAGCUAAUUGUAAUACAGAAACUAUUAGUAAAUUAAUAUUCAGUCAAAUAUUGAAAAUGAUUGAAGAUAAACUAUUAGAAUUAGAGGAACGUUUAGACAAUAGAGAUUAAAUCAAAAAUAUAAAUCAACAAAUAAAUUCACUUAAACCUCCUGACCCUUAUUUUAAGUCUAAACCUAUUGACGAUACAUUAUCAGAAUAUGUCAAAUAAAGUAAAUAAAAUUUAUUUUCAAAGGAAAAUACAGUUAAUAAUCUGAUAUGGAAAUAACAUCACCAUAAGCUAAUUAACCAUAAGAUUAAAAGUCUAUUAAAUCAUAAAAAUCUUAGAGAUCUCGUUCUUAAUUAGGAAGAGCACAUACUGAAAUAACAUAAUUAGAUCCAAAACUUAAAUCUAAUGAGGAAGGACUCAUUUCAAAAAUAGAAUUAUUUGAUAAAAAACUAAAAUAAGUAGUAGAAUAAGUUAAUAAACUAUCAUAAAAAGAUGAUUAAUUUUAGAGAAGAAUUGAAUAACAAGUUUAAUCUUAAUUGAAGGAUAGUUAAGAUAGAUUGAUACAAAAUGAUAAAUUUUUUAAAUAAGUAUAAUAAACCAAUUAAGAAAUAACAGAAAAUUAAAGAGGAUUUCUAAGUCGAUCUGCAUAAUUAAGAUAAGAAAUGGAGUAAAUAUAUUUUAUUAAAAUUAUUAGUUAUUUAUCAUAAGAACUAAAUAAAAUCUAGGAAGAAAAUAAGCUUCCUUUAUUAUAACUCCAAGAAAGCGUUUAAGAAUUGUAAAAAUAAGUAGGUCUUCAUUAAAAUGAGCUAAUUGUAUUUAAAACAAUUCUAGAAUCAAUAGAUAAUGAUUUUUUGAUAUUGCUUAAAAAAUUUAAGGACAUAUAGAAUGAUUUAGCUAAAAAAAAAUUAAACUCUAGUAUGAGUAGUCAUCAUCAAUAUCUAAAAUGA